UUAUGACAGAAGUCAAAAGCCUUGUGUGUUGCUACAUGUUUACUCUUGCCUUGGUUGAUGACUUGAAACGCUACUAAAAUGCACCAGAAACUCUUGAAAAGCGCUCAUUACAUUGAGCUGGGAAGUUAUCAGUAUUGGCCUGUCCUCGUUCCUCGGGGAAUUCGUUUGUACACCUAUGAACAGAUUCCUGUGUUCCUUAAGGAUAAUCCCUACAUCACUGAUGGCUACAGAGCAUAUCUGCCUUCUAGGCUGUGUUUAAAAAGUCUGUUCGUUUUGUCCAAUGAGACAAUCAAUAUCUGGAGUCAUUUACUGGGCUUCUUUCUCUUCUUCACGUUGGGCAUAUAUGACAUGACUUCUGUGUUGCCUUCUGCGAAAGCUUCUAGAGAAGAUUUUGUUAUUUGCUCUAUUUGUCUUUUUUGCUUUCAGGUCUGUAUGCUUUGCUCAGUAGGGUAUCACCUCUUCUGCUGCCAUCGCUCGGAAAAGACCAGUCGAAGGUGGAUGGCACUGGAUUAUGCAGGAAUUUCGAUUGGGAUCCUGGGCUGCUAUGUGUCAGGAGUUUUUUAUGCAUUUUACUGUAGUAAUUACUGGCGUCAAGUGUACUUGAUCACCGUGCUUGCUAUGAUCUUGGCAGUAUUCUUCGCUCAGAUUCACCCCAGUUACCUCACCCAGCAAUGGCAUCGACUACGCUCCGCCAUCUUCUGCUCUGUGUCAGGCUACGGAAUUAUUCCCACCAUCCACUGGAUUUGGCUCAAUGGAGGUGUCACAGCAUCUAUUGUACAGGAAUUCGCUCCCCGAGUGAUUGUGAUGUACUUAAUAGCCGUCAUAGCAUUUCUCUUCUACAUUUCCAAAGUCCCAGAAAGAUAUUUUCCAGGACAGUUAAACUACCUCGGCUCCAGCCACCAACUCUGGCACAUUCUUGCUGUGGUGAUGUUGUAUUGGUGGCACCAAUCUACCAUGUACAUCAUGCAGUACAGGCACAGCAAGCCUUGCCUGGAUUAGAACAACGCACCCAAGGGCAUCAAGAAUUUCAUCCUUGUACCGAAGUUUGGACAUUGAAUAUCUUCAUUUCAGGCUGAUUUCAGGAGCAACAGCCACAGUUCAUGUUGAAUCCUCUUUCUUUUAGGAAUAAUAUGUUAAUAGUC